AUGAUUACCACGUACAAAGUUCUCAGGGGAAUUGAUUACGAAGACAAGGAUAAAUUAGUUGAAGUGGUUGAUACACGAACAAGGGGACACAUGUGUAAGCUAAGUAGCCAAGAUAUCUCUGGUGAUAGUCAGGAUAUCUCUGAUGAUAGUCAGGAUAUCUCUGAUGAUAGUCAGGAUAUCUCUGAUGAUAGUCAGGAUAUCUCUGAUGAUAGUCAGGAUAUCUCUGAUGAUAGUCAGGAUAUCUCUGGUGAUAGUCAGGAUAUCUCUGAUGAUAGUCAGGAUAUCUCUGAUGAUAGUCAGGAUAUCUCUGAUGAUAGUCAGGAUAUCUCUGGUGAUGGUCAGGAUAUCUCUGAUGAUAGUCAGGAUAUCUCUGAUGAUAUAUUUUAG